AGCUGAUCCUCUUGUGCGCGUGUUUGGUUGGAGGGCCACGUGCUCUGCUUAUUUUCACACGUUAUAACUCAAAGUUGUUUAUAUUAAUCCGUGAUUUCAGCUUUACUUCAUAAGUUACUUAUGGAAUGUGAAGAUUUGCUCAGCAUUGCAGCAGAAAUGAGCUAACAGCUGUAAAACAAACCAGCCACGUGAGAGCCGGCGGAUGUUGUGACGUGUUUGUGUCUGGACUGUUUAUUCCACAUGGAUUAUAAAUUCCCUAAUCAGCUUUUCCCAUAUUAUUACCUGAACGGACCUCCGAGUUUAGACUCGAAGCAUGAUUACGGAGGCUGGGGCGCUUAUGGACAGGUGCUGGAAACCAGCAGAGAACCUUUUCAGAGUGAUGUAGAGGGAGAGACUCCAUUCCUGUUUCAGCCCCAGUGUAAGGUGGAUGGAGAGUUGUGGGUCCCUACUGAGCCGAUUGUAACACCACUUCUCCCUCCCUACCAAGAUACCAAGUUGUUAAUGGCUCGGCCUGUCAGUCCAGACGACUUCCCUGAACAUUUGAAGUAUUUCUAUGUGCAUCACUACAUGGAUUCGUUCUCUGUGAUGGGACAGCUGCUUGGAGAACACUUCAGUUUUGCCAGAAGGCAUUGUAAGGAAGUCGACGGUUUGGGUAAGAUGAAGUACUUUCUACGCAACCUGAAUUAUAAAAAUUGCGAGGUGCAGUGUUUACAAAAUGUGAGCCGCUAUCACCACCUUCUGGGUGACAUUACCCCUGACAUUCCCUCCUCUCUCCUGGCUGAGCUUCUACACGAGGAGUUGAUCCAUCAACAGGAAUUGGAACACUUCCAACCUGCCACAACUGGGGGCGCUCUCGCCAUCAUCCCAAACCUCACAUGUCAGAAUGAAGCCUUUCUGAUUUAUCCCAGUGGAGAUGCUCUAGACUCCAUCAAUUUUCACCCUAUGGAGCUGGAAUUCAGGGACGAUAAACCUGCGGGUGUGACUGUGGCCGACAAGCCUCUGGUGGUUAAUCUGGAUGGAACAGUUAGGCAGGUCAGCGUGGCCCAGGUGAACGAUGAAGCUUAUCUAGGCUUGCGUUCAGAUCAUUGCUGUGCAGCAUGGGAAAUGAAAGCCACUAACCAUCCUCGUCCUUUAGAGGUGGUGAAGCUGAAGCAACGAGCCACCAGCCUCAACGUCAGUCCUCAUGUUUCUGGAGAGUUUGUCGUAGCCAGCGAGAGCGGAGCAGCCUAUCUCUGGAUUGUGGGAAAGGGCCUGCAAAAGAUUCGGGAUGAAAAGAUGAACCUGUACUUCAAUGCCAAGUCACCCUGGCGAUGGUGUGAGUUCACGGCUCAUCCACGCGUGAUGGUUUACGCUGACGGGACUGGAGCUGAGCUUACAGACAUCAGGAGCAGUGAUUGUCGCACAUUGUUCCGGAUCAGUGGGGCAGCUGCUUGUAAGAGUGGAGAAAGAGUGGUCUUGGGCAAACACCUGGCAGAAAGCCACGGCUUCCACCACCUCAUUACUACACAGUUCUCCGCAUACCUCCUGGAUGAGCGAAUGCCUUGUGUGCCUGCCCUGAAGUGGGAGCACAUGCUGGAGUCGCCUCCCUGUUUUGCCCAUGUUGUGCCAGCUUUGGGCCAAAGCAGCAGCUCUAAAAUCCUUCUGGGAGCCCAGAGAGCACAGGAGACUAGGAUGCUGCAGUACUCUGGUGGAAGAGAACGGGCAUGCCAAGCAGAAGGUCCAAUUCAAAAACUGUACAGUCCGUGUGAGAGCCUGAAGAUUCAGCAGCUACCACACAGACGGCACAAAGCACAAGCAAGGUUGGCUGCACAUGCCGCAGGCCUAACUGCAACGCAGAACAAUGGCUUUCUGUGUGUCUUCCAGCUCACAGAGGCCGGGGAUAUUUUCUACCAGCUGCUAAAACAUUCUGACCCAACCAACUCAGAGCCACAUCAGUCACACUCGGUUGAAGACAGCGACUUUGAAAAAGAGCAAAAUCAGCGUAUGCUGAGCCAAGUAGAAUUGCUCGUCAAUGACAGUCAUGAGGAGAAUGACUCUGAUACUUCAGAUGAUGAUCAGAUGAGGAUCUCUAAAGAAGUAGGGAUUAACUCCAAAGCUGCUCAUGUUCUGGAGUCAUCCAUACAUUUUGCUAAGAGUAAAAGUGCUCAUCCCCUGAGGCCAACAAUCCCCAAAAUGGCUAGCCGCAAUUUAAAAUUAAUCUGGAAAAAAUGGCUGGAAUCCCUCUUGACAAAAUCUAUAGGAAGCAAACGUAGCAUGAGGCACAGGAAAAUAAAGACCAGUGCUGUAAUACAGUGUGAAGUCCAACAAAGAGACAAGCUUGAGGAGGACAAGUUUAAGAGAUUGAGGAAAGACCAGGCAGAGAUCUUAAAGACCAAGAAGCUGCUUGUUCAUGGGGAAACAUACCUGCCUCCUCUAGAGGUGAUUCCAGUUCCAGAUGAGGUGGACCCCAAGGAUUGGCCAGAUGAUUUGAGCCAGCGCAUAAGUGCCUCAUGGAUGGAUGGUUGGAAUAACUGGUGGGAAGAAAAACUGGGUCUAAACCGGGACGCCAAGAUUGAAGCCCUGAGAAGGAAACGCCGCCAGGCAAAGAAAGCCAAAGCCAGAAACAAAGUCUCACUUGCUUCAAGCUUCACUUCUUCCAUCAGCUACCAGGACGAUCUAUCUGAAUGGUCAUCAGCCACAAGUCAGUAUCUGGGUUCAGACACAGAGAGCAUCAAUAAUUCUCAGAGUGCACCAGAGCUUGACGAUAUUUCUGAGCAGGAGGUAUCAGCUAACAACACAGAUGUUCAUAGAGUCAAUCAGAACACAGUAGGGUUUUCAGAUGUGGUAGAACCAGUUAAGAAUUUUUUGAAAAGCCCUCAAAAAACAACAAAAAGCUCUGAGCAGGAUAAAGCCUUUGGUACAGCCCGAUCUCCUCCAAGGGACGUCCAAAAACUGCCAAGCCAGGCUCCUACUAUGGAGAGCAACUCUGUACUUUUUUCUUCCUCAUUGUCCAGUUUGAAGGAGUCGCAUCAUAGCCAUCAAAAAAUAAGACGGUGGCAGCAGCAUCAGGACUACCGCAAUUCUCUCUUUGGCUCUUCUCAAGAACUUAAACAGAAUGACGAGGGCAGUACAUCAGCUGGUUUAAUUUCUACCAAACCAAGACCUUCUAGUUUACUUUCAUUGUCACAAGUUUCAUUGAGGACUUCUUCACAGGCUUCCCAGACUCAGAAAAAGAAGUCUCGAAUGGGAUUCUGAAUUUGUCCACUGCUUACCUCUCACUCCAGCAGUCUUCAGGGAUCGUGGGCAGCUCUGGUGCACUGCAGUAGCUGCUGUGCAGGUUCUUUGCUGUGCGCCGGGACACGAUCCACACCAGCUUCCUGUGAUUGGGUUUGGAGCAUGUAGGCGAAGAGUACUGCACCAGGCACUGGGCCACAAGGCCUCUCCAGAGCUGUAGCUCCGUUUCCGAGAUCUGCACAUACACACAGUGGCGGUUACAUAACUCAGAGGUGCUUUGGGUAUAGUGUGUCGAUAGCUGAGGGUCAGGCUGUUACUGAGCAUGCCUGGAAUUCUUUAUCUCAAAGAAAGCAGGACAGAUUUGUUUGACAGACCAAUACAGCUUGCAUAACCACUGAGGCCAAAUGUUAAAUGCUUUACUAACCUUUUUUGUAUUUUUAUAAGUUUUAUUUCAUGGUGAUAUGACUGGCUUAUGUCUAAAGACAUGUUCUUGUAGUUCACAAAAUGUGCUGUGUAAAUAAACUGGCCAAAUAUUUGAAAUCUUACUCUUAAAUGUCUUUGAAUGGACUGGGCGAUCUCAAACAGGUCCACAGACUGCAAGGCCUCAAUCUCUUGCUUUAUAAGUGACAAAGCUAGCACCGAUGGCUACAGGACAAAAGAGAUAAAAAGAAAUGUCAUUUAUAGUCAAAAGUCCCAAAUUGCUCUAUGAUUUGUAGUGUAAAUACUUACUUUUGCUUUGGAGAAUACAAUGCGGCAAAGGCAGGCUUUAAGCUGGGCUUCCAGCUUGUCUAGACUGGGGACUUCUUUCCUGCAGAGGAAAAAGAUAUGCUUCAUUAGGUUCAGCUGACAAAGUACAUCAUUUUUAAUAUUUAUAGAUGAGACACAAUAACCAGCCAACUUGCUAUCUGUGCCCUUUGGUAUAUGGCAGUCUUUUGAUAACUGAGUUUAUGGCGCCUAAUUGACCUACAUAGUGUACAAUGGACUUCAUCUUACCACAUGUAGGUGGUAUUCAUCUACAUGUUACUUUCUAUCAUCACCUAUUCAUGUGUCUCACCUGCUUGAGGUAUGUGACAGUAUAAUCGCAUGGUACAGGUGCAGAAACGUUAAGGCAGUGAUGGCUUGGAACUGGAAGUUGAGUUUCUGAGAGAUGAUUUUCUCCAUGCGCCCGAGAUCAGACACAGUGAACUUGCACUGACUGAUGCGGAUCAGCUCGUGUGUUGACGACACAUCACACUUAUCUUCCACCACUUUGGUAGCAAUGUGGAGGCAGCCAAUGCUGAUACAGGCCAGAUGUUUGGGCUGAACCUGUAAGACAAAUAAUAAAUUACAUUUUAGUUGAAAUUUGACACGGUAGUGUUCUUGGGUACUUGGUUAGUUUUACAAAAACAAGUAGUAAUGUAGUCAAUUAAAGUAAUUACAAUCAAACUCGUGUUGGUUACUAUAAUAAAUGAAUGACUAUAGAUCUUUUGCAAAGCAUCUACGUGUACCUUCAUCAUAGCUAGAAAUCUGUCCAGCAGAUUAACAGCUAGGACGAAGGUCUGUGUGCUGUAGCCGAAGAAACUGGUCAAGCUCCAGAUAUCCUCCACUUUGGCGUUGCGACAUUUUGCAGAAAUUCCCAUCCCCUGUUUCAGAAA